GUGACAGACUCCAUGUCCUGUCCUCUUGGUGCUUCCUGUCACUCCCAGUUUGUGCCUGUGUCUGGUUUAUCCUGCAUUCUUGUGUGUGUUUCUGUCCCUGUGUGCUGAAUUUUGAAGCUGAGGAGAUGACUCUGUCAAGCUGCUUUCUUACCCUUCUUCUGCAACAGGUUUGUUAGGAGAUGUGGAUGGAACACCGAGCUGAGGAGCCGAACAUUUUACUGAAGGCCUGUGUGUAGACCCUGAUGCUCGAAUGAAUGAAUGAAGAAUGAAAAUGCUCCCUGGAGUGGGUGUGUUUGGAACUGGUAGUGCUGCCCGGGUCCUGGUACCCUUGCUGAGGGCAGAAGGCUUCUCCAUUGAAGCUCUUUGGGGCAAGACUGAAGAGGAAGCCAAGCAGCUGGCAGAGGAAAUGAACAUCUCCUUCUACACCAGUCGGACUGACGAUGUCUUGCUGCAUCAGGACGUGGAUUUGGUUUGCAUCAACAUCCCUCCACCCCUGACUCGGCAAAUUGCUGUGAAGGCUCUAGAAGCAGAAGUUCGGAGUCUCCUUAGCUAUCCCCUGGCUGAGCUGUGUCACGGGAGCGCGCUGGUCCCUGGCCCACUCGGAGGGUUCUGGGAGAGCUGGCUGGGUGCAGCCGGGAGAGGGAGCACGGAGAGCGGGAGCCACGGUGGGGAUGUGCCUUCUCCUCGCGUCCAGAGACCGAGGAGUGCCUGUGCUGGUACCUGCUCACUGGGAGUCAAUAAACAGCUGUGCCGAGCAGGGAGCACAGUCUGCUCCUGCCUGAGGAGGAGCUUUCUGAGAGGAAUAGGGAAGAACGUCCUGUGUGAGAAAGCUGCUACCUCUGUGGAUGCCUUCAGGAUGGUCACAGCUGCCAGGUAUUACCCCAAGCUGAUGAGCAUCGUUGGCAACGUGCUGCGUUUCCUGCCCGCCUUCGUGAAGAUGAAGCAGCUGAUCGAGGAGCACUACGUGGGCAACGUCAUCAUCUGCGACGUGCGAGUCUACGGGGGCAGCCUGCUCAGCCACAAGUACAACUGGAUCUGUGACGAGCUCAUGGGAGGGGGUGGCCUGCACACCAUGGGCACCUACAUCAUCGACCUCCUGACUCACCUCACCAGCAGGAGAGCUGAGAAGGUCCACGGUUUGCUCAAGACUUUUGUGAAGCAGAACACGGCCAUCAGCGGGAUCCGCCACGUCACCAGCGACGACUUCUGCGUUUUCCAGAUGCUCAUGAGCGACGGCGUCUGUUGCACUGUGACUCUCAACUUCAACAUGCCUGGGUCAUUCAUCCACGAGGUCAUGAUUGUGGGCUCUGCCGGCCGCCUCAUAGCUCGUGGGACAGACUUGUACGGGCAGAAGAACACCGCGCUCCAGGAGGAACUGCUGUUUACAGACUCUCUGCCUGUCAACAAGGGCCUGUUGGAUAAGGGGUUCAAGGACAUCCCGCUGCUCUACCUGAAAGGAAUGGUGUACAUGGUGCAAGCCCUGCGGCAGUCUUUCCAGGACCAGGAAGACCGUCGGACGUGGGAUCAUAAACCUGUGUCCAUGGCAGCCUCUUUUGAGGAUGGCUUGUACAUGCAGAGUGUGGUAGAGGCCAUCAAGAAAUCCAGUAGGUCAGGUGAGUGGGAGACUGUGGAGGUGAUGACUGAGGAACCAGAUGCCAACCAAAACCUCUGUGAGGCACUUCAAAGAAAUAACUUAUGAACAUUCCUACCUUGGAAAAUACUACUUCUGGCUGUAAUGUAAAAAAACCCCAGUUUUUAAGAUAUGUAGAUUCUUAUUUAAUAGCCUGAGUUUCUUGGUUUUUUUAAACAUGUAAAAUAUGUUCUCAUAGGAACAGUUCUGGUUUAAAUUGUUUGAAGAGUUUUAAAUGUUUCUGUUUUUUGCAAACAUUUAAUUUUUGUCUUGGAGACUGGUAGGAAAACUUGAAUUGCCCUUUGCACUUGCAGUAGCUGAAGUGAAUUGUGGGAUCUCUGCCAUUGCAUGGCUUGGAAAUGGGACACAACCCCUGUUGCACAGGUUGCUGAUUUAACCAUGAAAGCACACAGAGCAAGAUCAGGGAGUAUCUGUUGUUCAGAUGCCUUUUUCCUCUCUUGGGAGACUGAUUUAUGUUUUAAUCCUCAGUUUGUAAAAUUUUAGAAAAAAGUUCAGUGAUGUAACAAGUCUCUGAACUCCUAUAGGACAAAAAGUAGAAGGAACAGAUUAAAGUUAGUAACAUAAGGAUCAGCCUUUUGGCUUCCUGUGUGUGGUAAAUGUCUUUCAAAUUCAUUCAAACUGAUGUUUUAUUUAAAUGAUACUAUAAUUCUCUGUUGUUGGUGUCUUGGCAGGAAAAUAUUCAGGAAGUCUGUGAUGCAUUGAGCUAUUCUUCCAUAUCUGUAGACAUUAUUCCUUCUAUUCAAGAGGCUGCCUGCAUCCAGCAGCUGUUUUUCCAUAAGCUCUGUGCUUAUGUCAGUUGUGUUUACUGCCUGGCAGCACCAGUGCCGUGCCUGUGGGGCCACGUUCUCAUUUCUGUGACUGUUACUAAAUAAAUGACAAAUGCCUCCCUAGGUCACGGGAUUGCCACAGUGUGGUGGGUAACAAAGUAGUACAGCAUGAACCUUUCAGGGACCUGAAAGUGGAAGGAAGGAGGUAUUUCCUACCUCUUGCAGCUCUCUUAAUGUGCUGGCUGGGUAACUGUCACACUACACACAUCCUGGUAGUUGAGAGAACAGGGACUGAACUGCCAUGGGUAAAUGUGCUCUUGAUCUCAAACACUGGCUAUUAAUCCUCUGGUCCAGCCCUUCUUCACGCCCUCCUGCAGCUGGUGCCCAGUGGAGAGAUUUGUUGGCAGAUGAUGGGGAAGUUCAUUCCUUCUGAGAAAUGUUUCUCUCUGAGGCAGGUAUGUGGAAAGGAUAGUCUAAUUUUACUACAUUUGUUUUGUGUACUUGAAAGCUUUUUUUAAAAUGUAUUUCCCACUAAAUUGUUAACCCUGUGUAUUUAUGUAUAUUAACAUGCACGCUGCUGUUCCAUAAGCUGGACCUUCCUGAAAAGUAUCAUGUUUUCUACAGAAAUAAAAAGUUGUGUUUGUUGAGGGAA